AUGUCGCAGUCAUACUACCGGGAAAAUAAAGCAAAGCUUGUGCAGAGCUGGUACUGUCCAUCGUGUGCUAACGUCACUCGUCGUAAGGCUCCGGAUACUCCUGUGCGAAGUAGUUUCGUGCACGGCUUGAAUGACUCAACGAUGUCGUGUGAUGAACCACUGGAGGCAUCAAAGUCAGGUGCCGUUUUUGGUCCCACUUCUUCAGAGGUCAAUAGCUCCGUGGUUCCUCAAAGUGGUGGAAUGUCAUAUGAAAAAUUCCUUGAAUUGUUUGAUGCCAGACUUGACACCAAAUUGAAUAGUUUCAAAGCUUCAAUCAGCCAAAUAAUUAAAAGUGAAAUUGCAUCUAGUAUUGAUAAUCUAAAAGCUGAUUUCUCUCGUACCACUGACUUCUUGGAGGCCGAACAAAAGGAUCUCAGAGCCGAACUAAGCACAGCAAAUGAUAAUAUAUCCCGCAUGGAGUCCGAUAAACUCAAACUUCAAUCGGAUAUUAAUACUUUGGAGCGUCGAUUAGCUGUAAUGGAAAAGUCAUCUAGAAGCUGCAAUCUAGAAGUGCAAGCAGUCCCAGACAAAAAAAACGAGAAUAUAGCAGCCAUCUGCAAGAAAAUCUUUGACGUGAUUGGUGUUCCCAUUCAGGAUUCUGAAAUUUGUGCUGCCCGCAGAGUUGCUAAGCUGGAUCCUAAGUCUGACAGACCCCGUAAUAUUAUUAUUACUCUGCCAUCGGAGCGCCACCGUGAUUCUAUUCUAUCUGCGUAUAAGAGAUUUAAUAAGGACAGAAAAUCUGAGCCCCUUAACUCUUCACUUAUAGGAAUACAAGGAGAAAGGAGUAACAUCUACUUGGCUGAACAUCUGUCAUCAGAGGCUAAAGAAUUAUAUGCAGCUGCAAGAAAAUUCAAAAGGGACAACCAAUAUCAAUUUGUCUGGGUUAAAUAUGGUCGCGUUUAUUUGCGCAAGAGUGAAGAGUGUCCUGCAAUUUAUGUAAAAAAUUUAGAUUUUUUAAACAAGUUAAAAAAGUAA